AUGGGGUGCUCUAAUUCUUGCUUUUGUCGCCACUUUCAGCGGCAUAAUCAACACAAUCAAGCUCUUAAUCAUCCGGUCCGUACCGUCAAGCCUUUAUUAGCUUCAUUUUCAGAACCCCUUUUCCAAUUUUCCGACGACGAUGAGAACUUCAGUGAUGACGAAACAGCGUCAUCCGCUUCUUUUGAAGACGAAGAAUACGAGUCAACGUCGUCGUCUGAUGAUGAAUUACCGGUUGAUGAAAAUUUUGGUGUAGCGGGUUCAAGCCUUUACAGUGAAAACCCAUCCCUAGGUGGUAAAUUUAAGCUCCGGCGGCGGUUUUCUUGGUCCACUUUGCCGCCGGGAAAAGCGUUCAAGGCCAGCACCGCGGGUGGUGUACAAACCCAAGUUGAUAGCAGCAGCAACUCUAUUAUUUUCAGUGCUCAUGACACCAGGGUGGGAAGUCAGACUCCGUCGAUAUACGCCAGCUGGCAGUCGCCGGUGACGGAGGUGGUGAGUAUGAAUUCCGGCGGAGUCGAGAAGGUGUACAUCAGAGAGACGGCGUCACAGGCGUUUUAA